UCCUGGAAUCCAAACACCUGUAACCAGUGACAUCGCAUUUUGCCAACUCGGACCUUCCCAACCUUAAAAACUUCAACACCCACACAACACAUACAUUACGUCAAUCGUAUAUUUUCCUCCGCUUUGUCCCACAACUCCCUCUCCUCCAUCGGACUCUGUUAUAUCUUCUUGUUUUUCUCUUCCUAUCUCUGCAGGAAAAUUCCCAUUCCCGGUGGCGGGAAAGGGGACAACUUGACCGUUGUUUCCAACUGGGUCUUUGCAAGUUUGGGAACAAUUGGUGUCGUGCCGACAUGGUGAUCUCCGUGACGACGCCGAGGAAGUCGAUAACGGAGAAGGUGUUCCAGAGGGUUGGGGGGUACUACAACGGGAGCAACAGCAGCCACAGGCGGUGCUCGAACGAGUGCGAGGAUGAUUAUGACGAGGAUGGGAACAUGGAGCUGGUGCAGAUUGGAGCUGAGAGGACCAAGAACGUGCUGAUUCUCAUGAGUGACACCGGUGGAGGACACAGAGCCUCCGCCGAGGCCAUCCGCAACGCCUUCCAGAUUGAGUUCGGGGACGAGUACAGGAUAUUUGUGAAAGAUGUAUGGAAAGAAUACACCGGCUGGCCGUUGAAUGACAUGGAGAGAUCUUACAAGUUCAUGGUAAAACAUGUGCAGCUAUGGAAGGUCGCUUUCCACAGUACCUAUCCUCGAUGGAUACACAGCUUCUAUCUUGCUGCCAUUGCUGCCUACUAUGCCAAGGAGGUGGAAGCUGGUCUAAUGGAGUACAAGCCAGAUAUCAUCAUUAGUGUUCAUCCUUUGAUGCAACAUAUUCCUUUGUGGGUUCUUAAAUGGCAAGACCUCCAGAAGAAAGUGGUUUUUGCCACUGUCAUUACAGAUCUUAAUUCUUGCCAUCCUACUUGGUUUCACCCUGGGGUUAAUAGAUGCUACUGCCCGUCACAGGAGGUAGCCAAAAGAGCUUUGCUUGAUGGCCUUGAAGAGUCUCAAGUCCGGGUUUUUGGGUUGCCCAUUCGGCCUUCUUUUGCUCGUGCAGUUCUGUCAAAAGAUCAGUUGAGAGAAGAACUUGAGAUGGAUCCUGACUUGCCUGCAGUUUUGCUAAUGGGGGGUGGUGAAGGGAUGGGACCUGUUAAGAAAACUGCAUUGGCGCUUGGGGAAUCACUCAUGGAUAAAGAGCUUGAUAAACCAAUUGGGCAAUUGAUUAUCAUAUGUGGCCGUAACAAAACCUUAGCAUCUUCGCUUGAAACUGAGCAGUGGAAGAUCCCAGUUAAGGUGAGAGGGUUUGAGACCCAAAUGGAGAAAUGGAUGGGAGCUUGUGACUGCAUAAUCACUAAAGCUGGACCUGGUACAAUUGCAGAGGCAUUGAUCAGGGGGCUUCCAAUUAUUCUCAACGACUACAUCCCUGGACAAGAAAAGGGCAAUGUACCUUAUGUAGUGGACAAUGGGGCUGGUGUCUUCACUAGAAGUCCUAAAGAAACGGCUAGAAUCGUUACCGAAUGGUUCAGCACCAAGAAAGAUGAGCUCAAGAGAAUGUCAGAGAACUCUCUUAAACUAGCACAACCGGAGGCUGUCUUCAACAUUGUGAAGGACAUCCACGAGCUUGCCUGCCAAAGAGGGCCUCUGGCCAAUAUCCCCUACAUGUUAACAUCAUCAUUCACAAGCCUCAUUUAAUUGGCAACCAUCGUCUUCUUCUACUAUGACUAAUGAAGGUUUCCCCUACUAGAAUGCCAUCAUCAUGUACAGCUUAGCUUUGUUAUUAUCAUUCUUUGGCCUUGGAGACUCGGUCACCGAUAUGAACUGUAAAUUAUGCUGAACAAGCUCUGGUGGGUUUUGAGGGUUGGGAUUUCUUUAGGGUACUAUUUUUGGGAGAAAUAUAGGGUAAUGUGCGAGUUUCUAAAGUUGUAAUCUUUUUAUGUUGCAGUGUUUCUUUCACGAUUUC